AAAAAUACAAUGUCUAAUGGUUAUGAAGACCACAUGGCCGAAGACUGCAGGGAUGAUAUCGGGAGAACGAAUUUAAUUGUCAACUACCUCCCUCAGAAUAUGACCCAGGAUGAGUUACGAAGUCUGUUUAGCAGUAUUGGUGAAGUUGAAUCUGCAAAACUUAUUCGGGAUAAAGUAGCAGGACACAGCUUGGGCUACGGCUUUGUGAACUACGUGACUGCGAAGGACGCGGAGAGAGCGAUAAACACGCUGAAUGGCCUGCGGCUCCAGUCCAAAACCAUUAAGGUGUCCUAUGCUCGCCCCAGCUCAGAGGUCAUCAAAGAUGCCAACCUGUACAUCAGCGGGCUCCCGAGGACCAUGACCCAGAAGGACGUGGAGGACAUGUUCUCGAGGUUCGGGCGAAUCAUCAACUCCCGGGUCCUUGUGGAUCAGACCACAGGUUUGUCCAGAGGGGUUGCGUUUAUCCGGUUUGACAAACGGUCGGAAGCAGAAGAGGCAAUUACCAGUUUCAAUGGUCAUAAACCCCCAGGUUCCUCUGAGCCCAUCACAGUGAAGUUCGCGGCCAACCCCAACCAGAACAAAAACGUGGCUCUGCUCUCCCAGCUCUACCACUCGCCUGCGAGGCGGUUCGGGGGCCCCGUGCACCACCAGGCGCAGAGAUUCAGGUUCUCCCCUAUGGGUGUAGAUCACAUGAGUGGGCUUUCUGGCGUCAAUGUCCCAGGCAACGCUUCUUCGGGCUGGUGCAUCUUCAUCUACAACCUCGGCCAAGACGCCGAUGAGGGAAUCCUCUGGCAGAUGUUUGGCCCCUUCGGCGCGGUCACCAAUGUGAAAGUGAUUCGCGACUUCAACACCAACAAGUGCAAAGGCUUUGGCUUUGUGACCAUGACAAACUAUGAAGAAGCGGCGAUGGCCAUAGCAAGUCUGAACGGCUACCGCCUGGGGGACAAAAUCUUGCAGGUUUCCUUCAAAACCAACAAGUCCCACAAAUAACUCGCUCAUGCUUUUUUGUACGGAAUAGAUCAUUAAGAGUGAAGAGGUGACCCCUUUUUGUUAGUGUACGACUCAUUUUGCGCCAAUUUUCACAAGUGUUUGUCUUAGUCUAAAUGAGAAGUGAAAAGGUUUUUAUACUCUGGGAUGCAACCGACAUGUUCAAAUGUUUGAAAUCCCACAAUGUUAGACCAAUUUUAAGUUUCUUAAGUUAUUUCCUUUAAAAUAUAUAUUAAACAGAAAUCUAAGUAGACUGCGUUGACUAACCAGUCCCUUGGGGUGGUGGUGAACCUGAAGCAUGCUUUAACGUCUAAGACUGUCUAACGCUCGUUUCAUGCGAUGUCUCCACAAGCUGGAUAAAAAAGAAAUUAUCUUUUAGUUUUAGUUUUUCAACUAAAGCUGUUAGACAGAUGCUGAGUGUGCGUUUUCUCAACCGCUUCACGUUUUGAGCGAUUUACGCUUUGGCUGACAGGAAGUUGCUCUGCUGAGCAGGCCCCAUUGCCACCUCCUGCUCGCUCAGCCCCGGGCUCUGCCGAGCGGCCCUGGUAGUGGCAGCAGCCCGCCCCGUGUGGGUCGCCGCCAGGAGGGGGCCUCGCGCCGGGCUGGGCCCUCCGCUGGACACAGACGUGUUUGGUCAGCCCCGGCACCCAUAGGAACGGACCAAAGAGUUUCCAGGAAACUCCAGUAUAUUCCAGAGUCAGCCCUAAGCUCCAGGCCCACCUGCAGACGAGUCGCCCGCCGACCUCCCAGAUUUCUGUCCACACGUUGCAUGCACAGUGCCCCCACUUCGGGUGCUGGUGUUCACGACGAUUUCUCUGGUUCCCAAGAGCAUUUCACACAGCUUGAAUGCGUACGAUAGCUCUAUUUUUUAAUAACUCAUAAACAUUUGAGCAUUGUAUUUCUCGCAUCCCUUCUCGUGAGUGCUAGACUUUUUUCUAUUUUAGUCGGAUUUUGUUUUGAAACUUUGCUUUCGUAUGAACACUCAGCAGAAAAGUACUUACUUCCUGCCAGUUAUCUAUUAACAAAAACCUUUGAUUUGUAGUUUGAAAGAUUAACCCUCGAAGUUCUCUUCAUAACUGCCUUGACAUUUUGGGUUGUUCUGUUCUGUUAAUUUUCUUUUGCUUUUUUGUGUUUUUUGUUUGUUUUUACUUUUGCAUUUAAGACCAUUAAAUUUGAUUUUGUUUUGCUCGAA